UCUCUUUUUACAAAACACUAAAAACACACACUAAAUCACACAUUCAUGUUUUAGAGAUGAAUGAAUCAGUGGCUAUAUAGCUAGCUAGCUUCACAUAAUGACAAAAGUUGGUUCAUUUACUUGGAGUUAUCUUAUGAUCAUGUCUUACUAAAGAUGUUUUUAAUAAGGUAAGUACUUGGGAUAAGAUGCAUAUAAUUUGAAGCUAUAUUUAUUGAGAGAAAUAUGUAUAGAUAUAGAUAUAGGAGAGUUAGUUCUUGUGACUGUUGAAAACAGUACAAGAAGACAGAAGAUAAACUGUAGCAGAUGAUAUCCUUUGAUGAACAUCCACAACCACCAGAUCCUUCAUCAUCAUCUAAAUAUCAACAACAACAACUUUCUUAUGAAGCUUUUGCUUCUGUUUCUGACAUAGAUCUGUUGAAGCCAAAUACUGAUGCUAAUCUUGAUGAUACCAACUACCAACUUUCCAAUUUUUCUAUAAGAGAUUAUGUUUUUGGUUCAAGAUGCAAGGAUAUUGCUUGUAAUUGGCCGUUUUCUAGUGAAAGUUUGAAACUUUGCAUGAAAUCUGGUGUGAAAAUUUUGUUGCCACCUUUCCAGUCUCUUGAUGCUUUAAGGGGUAGUUCAUCUGUUAGCAAAUGCGCGGUUGAUAACUGUUUAUCUGCUGAAGAAACAGUAGGCAGAUUUGAUGGUAAACUAAGUGAUCAUGAUGAAAUUAUAGCUAACAGAAUGUUAAAUAAGUCCACUCUUGCUUCAUCCGAAAAGAUGGUUAAGAAUUGCAAGUUCAUUAUGAAGUUAAAGUCGGGUGUUAGGCCGGUGGAAGAAGUUACACAAAACAAUGUUGUUGUCCCGGAGAUCACAGUGGCGGCUAAAGUGUGUCCAGUUUGCAAGACUUUCUCAUCUUCUUCAAACACGACCUUAAAUGCUCACAUUGACCGGUGUCUAUCUGAGGAGUCUAGUAUGAAAUGGACUGCUAAUUCUCCUAAGGUAACGGUUAAACAUAAGGUCAAACCUAGGAAAUUGAGGUUAAUGGUGGAUAUAUACAAAACUGCUCGACACUGUACAAUCGAAGAGCUUGAUAAAAGAAACGAUGCAAGCCAGGCUACUGAUUCCAGUUUUCCUGAUCAAGAAUUUGGUGAAUUUCAAGCAGCAGAAGAAGAAGAAGAAAAAAAGAAAGAAGAGCCCCAAGAGCCUACUUUUAUUCAUGAAAUUGAUGAUCAUGACGGUGCGGUCUAUGUUGACACAAAUGGCACAAAAGUUCGGAUCUUGUCUAUGCCAAAAGUCAGCGAUGUACACGAUCUUGAAGCUAGAAAGUUUCGGAAAGGAGGAAAAGCGAGUAAACUUGUCAUUAAGAAGAAUAAAAAGAAAGCUUAUGGGAAGAAAAACCAUCAGAAGCUUUUGAAGCUCAUUCCUAUCAGCAAAAAACUCAGAAAAAAGAUUGCUGAUAAACCGGCCUCAAGUGGCCAAGAAGGGGAUAUAGUAGUUAAUGAAGGCUGCAGCAAAGCAGAUCGAGGUGAAAAACCCAUAGCACACAAGCAAAUAGAUGAUUUAGCCAUCACAAGGCCACCAUGGGCAUGCUCUAAGCGAACAGCUGGUCUUGCAAAGAAGAGGUUCCCCGUGUUGACAAAGCCAGAAGAUAAAGGUUCCGGUUUGGGUGAUACUAGUGAGAAAACUGUUGUUAUCAAGCUAAAGGAGAGCAAGAGCUCAUCUUUGCAACAGAACCUAAAAUCAGCAAGCCAAGAACACGACACGGGAUCUGAGUACAAUUUGAAAAGGAAGUUUUCAGCUAUCAAGAUAUCUCGUGAGAAUUGCCUAUCAUUGGAUGAUGAUGUCUCCGGUCCAUCUCAAGAUUCUUCAAAGAAAUCAAGAAUGGAAAGAGAUACAAACGAGAAAUCGUCUUUUGAGACAGAGAAUGAUAUGGAAUUCACUGGGUCUAAUGGUGAUUAUUCUUCAGGUGGAAUUGAGAUUACUUCAGAAUCUGCUAAAACUGAUGAUCAAGUCCCAUUUCAAUCCGAUGGUACCGUGGGAAGUUUUAUGGGUUUGAGGAACUCGAAUGAUGAUGAUUUUUUGAAGCUUGUAAGUCAAAAGAAUAACACGUUUGACUCUCAAGAUGGCAUGGUUGAUAAGGAAGGAAGUUACUUUGAGGGUGUAGAUCCAAUACCCAUUCCCGGGCCACCAGGAUCCUUUCUGCCUCUUAGCCCAGGUGCAGAUGAUGAUAUGGUUUCUGAAGAAGAACUUCAAGGCAAUUCGUCAUUGACCACCAUGAGCCGAGUUCAGUCAAGUGAAGAUCCACAAUUACAUCAUGAUGUAAUGAAAAAGGAUCAGUUCAUUUCCGAUUCCCCAAUUUCCACCGUUUCAAGUCCUCACUUUGCCAGAUGUGCUUCUGUGAGAUUUCAUGAUACCAGGGCAGAGGACACUCAAGUUAUGGCUGAUGUUGUAAACAAGAAAUCUGUGAAUGCAAGUGAUUCGAGAUCAAUGGAUGCACCCUUCACAGAAAAGAGUCAAACUCCAUCUGAUUAUCAGCCUUGCUGUUGCAUGAGAAAAGAGGGUGUGUUAUCUAAAACUAUUCCUUCUUCAUACGACCAAGAAUCACGCGAACAAGUUCUUGAUCCUAACAGAAGACUGAACAACAGUAUCAAUGAUUUCAGGUGUGGCUUGUUUUCUUUGACAUUAUCACCACCAGAAACUCUCAAAUCGCCUGCUGAUGCACUGAAGUUACCGGUAUAUAGAGAUUGUGAAUCUGUUUGCAGUCCUACUACUCCUGUCCUUAGACUAAUGGGGAAAAACUUAACUGUGGUGAACACAGAUGAUGACCAAUUCGGACCUCCUCCUGGCUCGACGACUCAUCAACAGCUUCAUAACAUUAAAACCGAAGCUUUCUUCAACUUCAGAGAAAAUCAAAAUAUGAGUUCCAUGGCCCAAUAUUCAAAUCUCCAUCCACCAAAUAGCUCAAGAAGUCUAGUCGAUUCAAGGCCAAUUCAUGUAUUGGACACAAUGUUCCCAACUACAAAAAAUGGGCUCAUGGCACCUGAAAAUUAUCCAAGACUUGAUACUAGAAAUGCAGCCAAGGAAAUAAUCGUUGUUGAUGAUUCAUCGGAAACCAAAGCUGAUGAUCAUAUGUUUAAAGAACAACGAAUGAGACGAAGCAAUAAUGGAUCUUCUACUUCCUGUUUUUUGCCACUACUUGGGAAGUCAUAUAGUUUUGCUAAUACAUACAAUGGAGGUGUUUUUCGAGAUAUAGUAAACAAUGGAAACCAUGGGAAGUGGGUUAGUACCGAAACAGGCUCUCCGUUGCCGUCGAUAAACCGCGUGAUUUCUUCUAGCUCAUACUAUCCUCGUAGUUUUUCGUUGCCAAGAACUCAAAGAGAAGGUGGACUAUGAACAAGUACAGAUGAGUUUUUAAUCUUUUACUAUAUGGUUUUUUGUUUCUUUUAUUUUGUUGUUUGUUUAGUUCAAAAGUUAAUUAGUGCAUGUGAGUGUUGACUAUAUAUAUGUAAAGACUUUUGACUAGUUUUUAUGGGCUUCCAUGCAAGGCCAAACUUAUAUAUGUAUAUAUCUACAUGAAGGAACCUCCGGCCAUCUAUAAAGUA